CAAUAUCGUUAAUAUCAAACAUCAAUUAAAUAAAAUUUCUUCAUUUAAAUUAAAAAUACAAUAAAUUAAAUUAAAAGUUUUUCUUAUUUUCAUUUUUGGUUGAAAACACUUGCAAAUCACUAAACUAGUAAUAAUGUGUCCAAUAGGCUGUCGUUUCAAUGGUCACCGGUUGUCACCACAUAUGCACUGGUUUUGGAUACCAGUGCUGUACGCGAUACGGGAGGUCGGCAUGGGUUGAGUGAACAUGUAUUAUAGUGUCAACAUUUUUAUUGCUUAAUUUACUAAUCAAUAUAGUUUUGCUAUAAAUUUUUUAAUGUUUGAAAGAUUAUUUUGGCUAAGCUAUUGCAUAUUAUACUGUAGUUUGACACCAGUUUGAAAAAUGGUUAUCAAAACAUAUAUAAUUACCGAAAUAUAAUGAAUGGCAUCCAUAGGAUUGUAACAAACAGUGUAUAUAUUGUGGCAAACAUUGGAUGUAUAGCUGAGUGGACUCUCACUCCGAUCGCAACAUUUGUUUGCAUCGAUAAUAACUUGAAAUGAAUGGACUGUUUGACCAAACAUAUGAUGAGACAGUGACCCGAUGUAUGUGACCACCGAUUGACGACAGACCAGACAAUGAACGGUAAUAUUAUUCAACAGUUGGAAAGUUGUGCCCAAAUGCUAUUGGCACCGCCAAACUGUGUGACAACAGAGCAGAGGAAUGGCGCACAACAGGUGUUCAUUGACUUUCAGAAGACAAAGUGUCCGUUUGAUUUGUGUCGCGAUAUCCUCGAGACAUCACACGUGCCUUUCGUCCAGUUUCAGACAGGCGUGUGUCUCAAGAAUGGUGUCAUCAGAGACUGGCAGUAUCUCAAUGAAGAUCAAAGAAAAAUACUUCUUAAAUAUCUCAAUGAUUAUGUUAAUAGUCAUCCGUUGGAACCAUUUGUUUGCGAACAGCUUUUAAUGGUUUGCGCUAUUGUUGUAAAGCGUAUUGCAAUCGAUGAGGGAAAUGAUUCCCAAUCUUUGGCACAGAUAUUGACAUUUUUAUACGAAACACUAUCCAAUGUUAACAGUGAUCACACAUCAAGAAUCAUAUGCUGUACAUCAUUGUUGUCUGUGCUUAACGAGUACUCAUCUUCAACCCGUGCGUCCGAUUUUGGCCUCUCGUGGGCCACACAUUUGAGGUCAAAGAAAAAAUUUGAAAACACACAUCUCAAGAGUAUAUUUAGAUGUGUUGUCUCUACACUAAUGACUCAUUUAAGAAUAUCGCGGACAACACCUCCGAGUGGCGAAUGGACACAAUUAUCGACAAAAUUGCUACGGAUUUGUGAUUUUAUUCUUUCGUGGAAUUUCGAUGUCAUCACUAUAUUCUCAUCUCAAUAUGCAAAACAUGUCGACUCUAUUGAGAAUCCAGUUCUUCAACCGGCCAUUGACUGGAAGGAAGUACUGCUUGAUGGAGACGUCAUAUCAAUUUUCAUGGAAAUUCAUUUAUGUCUUAGAGAGACAAAUGACGACAAACUGAUGCACUAUUCAUUGCAAUGUAUUAAUCAAUUGUCAUCACUUAAUGGACCAAUUCUUAUAAAUGCCGAAAGCAGAUCUAAAUUUUUAAAAGCUAUAAUAUCGGGUACAAUAGGUUUAGUAAAGCAAAUAUGCGAUACAAUCACUAUCACAGAAGUGGUCCCAUUAAGUGCUGUAAUCAAUCGCAUUUGUAUACGACUUCAAUCAAGAGAUCAAAUAAACUUUGUUGAUAUGGAUUUAUUGAAGUCUUUUCUUGAGAUGAUGGCACAGAUUACCUGCAAAUUACUCUGUGAUUCAUUGAGCAAUAAAGAUGAAGAAGAGUUUGAUCGCUACAAGCUAUCAAUUGACAAUCUAUUGAACGCAUGGAUGUCUGUCAUUGCCAUUAUUGAAAGAGUUAAUCGUAAUGAAGAAUCAGAUAAUUCAAACAAUGGAUCUAAUAGUGUGAUAAAGUUAGAUGCGUUAUCAGUCUGGACGCGACCAAUAUUUGAAGCAUAUAUUCGAAUACAUUUGAGCCGACCCGAGGGUUUAAGACAGCCUAUCAAUGAUGUUGAAGAUGACAUACAAGAGUUUGAAGACAAUGAUAUUGUUUUAUACGGCGAACAGUUGAAUGCAAUCGGCUCUAUAGCACGGAUUGAUACCAAUCAUUCAAUUAAUUGUUUGAUUCAAAUUCUCUCCCUUCGUGUCAAUCAAUUUGAGACAUGUCUCAGACGUGAUGGACAAUCACAAGAAAAAAUGUACGAAUGGACUGCUUUGAGUGAAGACAUUCAUUGGCUUAUUUUAAUAACAGCAAAUGUAUUGACUCAAACCAAUUAUGUAUACUAUGGGGAACGGGAGAUGAUACCAUCACAAGUGAUGUCAUUUUCUAUAGCAAUUCAAUCAGAUUUAAGUCAAACGUUACAAUGUUUGCAAAAUUUGGAUGCAUUUUCCUCAUCUAAUAUUGAUCCUAUUGUACGAAUUAUAACUAUAUUUUUAAAAUUAUGUCAAAUGGAGAAAUACUUGUGUGAAAAUAAUAUGAAUCAAUGGGUCAGUCCUCAGGUAUCACUAUCUCUAACUUUAUUCAUAUCGCGAUUUAUGUUAACAUAUUUGUUGCCAAAUGAGAGCGAUUAUAAUGAAAUGAGUAUCGCUCUCAACACGUGUUUUGGACGCGACUCUAUCUAUGCUAAUAAUGUACUGAAUUUAAUUGUUGAUCAUAUAAUCACAAAAUUGAUUCAUUGGUCGAGUGAGGCUCAGGUAACUGAAGAAUCGUCCCAAACAUUAGUCCAUUUCGUCAAGAAUUGUGUUGAAAGAUGUAAAGCUCUAUACAAUUGCGUUAAUAUGAAUAAGUUAUUAACCAAACACUCAACUAAUGAAUUACAAAACCUAUCGAUAACUACUCGUAGAAAUAUAUAUCAAGUGUUUGUCCAUAUCGUUACAUACAAUCCCGAACUUUAUGACCAAUUAUUCCAGCCGUUAGUCGAACGCUACCGAAAAAUUCAGACAUCGAUUGAAGAGCAAAGUCUCGGCGAACCAUUGAGAACAGCUAUUGUUGAACUUUAUGAAUGUCUUGAAGGUAUAGCUUGUGGUACGACUGCUGUCAAUAUAAACAAUGUUUGGCCCAAUUUUAUAUCACCUAUUUUUAUGGAUUUACCAAAAAUGUUAUCAAUUUUACAUAAUUAUAACUCUAUUGUAUUGGCAAUUCUUAACCUUUUGGGACAACUGACAAAUCGGAUACUCUGUUAUCUAUCAGAUAACGAUGUCUUAACAUUUUAUAACACAUCCAUAGCUAUACUUAAUGAAUACGCUAAACAUAAUUCUUGUCGUUCUUCACGAGAAUCCAUUGAUGACGAAGAGGCAUAUAAUGACAUUUUAGUGAUUUUAAACUUUCUUAAUGACUUAGCGGCCAAAGACUUUAUUGAAUGGUUUCACGACGUAAAGGGAGACCAGAACUCAAGUAUAAGCGCCACUCAAAUUGUUUUUGUUGGUCUCAAUAUAAUAAUGCCAUUAAUGAGCGCACAAUUGUUAGGAUUUCCCAAAUUGUGUCAAAGCUAUUAUAAGCUGAUUGUCUUUUUAUGUGAAGAUCCCGAAAGACUCCAAGGAUUGCCCGAUCCUCUGAUGCAAUCAAUUGUAGAGAGCGUUCAACUCGCUCUCAAAUCAACGUUCGGUAAUGAAAUAAAGAGCAAUUGUCUGACAAUAAUCUCAGUGUUGGGAACUCAUGCUAUGCGCGAACCAAACAAAUUCGUGACAAUUGUCAGACUUGUUGAACCAUUUCUGGCGCUGAUCUUUGAGUUCACAUUAUUUGAAUGCGGAACCAGUAAUGAUGUGACUAUGAGAGAGAGUGUGGCCAACGCUCUCUUUUCACUCAUCUGUUGCUUUCCCUCGAGAUAUCAAGAGUUGGCGCAACAAAUCAUUACUUCUGGCAAAGAGGAAGUGAUCCAAAAACAGCUACAAACAGCUUUUGAAAAGCUUAUGGAAGGACUAGCACUCGAUGGUGUCAGAGCUCACAGGGCAACAUUCAAACGACGUUUUGAAACAUUUGUUAUUGAAAUACAAGGAUUGCUUUGUAUAAAAUAG